UUCCCUUAGUGGAGGUCAGCACUUCCCCAGCCCACAGAGAGACACAGACUGUCAGAAGCAGGUGACUUUGCUUCAUCCAAAAGAGAGUUUGAGGUGUAUAUGGCAGACAUAAGAUUGCUGAAUAAAAAAUCCUUCUCUGAUGAACAGUAAUUUUCCACAGAUCGCAUGGACAAGAAACUUUGGGGGAGAAUAGUGCAGGCAGAAGGUGUCUUAAUUCCAAACGAUGUCUGUCUCCCUUUCGGACCCUAACUGAACUUCGCUGAGUUCAUUUGGGACAGGAGGAAACAGAAAGGAUCGACAGGGCCUUUGUGUUCAUUGAGGAAAUGGGGAGAGGCAGACCCCAUUCCUAAGACCUGUAAUUCUGCCUUUUCUCUAGGAAGCAAGAAAAAGGGUGAAUUUGACUUAAAGAUGAUGGAGUGGAACGGUGUCAGAGCUAAGCAGGCCAUGUGUUAUGCUCUGGUUAGCCUCUUGUUUGUUAGCACUUGAAUUGUAACCAGGUUCCUUCCUCGAGAAGGAAGGCGCUAGGGCCCUGGAGUGAUGAUGGCUUUGUUGUGUGACCACAGAGGCUGGUUGCGUACUAAUUUCCUCUAGGGCUUGUGAUGAAGUCAGUUAACCACAGCCUUCAACAUGCUCUGCUCUGGAGGCAGCAGUGGCUUCUUGGUGGUAUCUCGGCCAUGACAUCCACUUGACAUGCCCUCUCUUAACCCACUGGUAGACAGUUUCUCUUGCCCUGCAGCAUGGACCAAAGAGAAAUUCUGCAGAAGUUCCUGGAUGAAGCCCAAAACAAGAAAUCUAACAAAGAGGAGUUUGCCAAUGAAUUUCUGUGGCUGAAAAGACAAUCCACUAAGUACAAGGCAGACAAAACCUAUCCUACAACUGUGGCUGAGAGACCCAAGAAUAUCAAGAAAAACAGAUACAAGGAUAUCUUGCCCUAUGAUCAUAGCUUAGUUGAGCUGUCUCUGAUAACCUCGGAUGAAGAUGCCAACUACAUCAAUGCCAGCUUCAUUAAGGGAGUUUAUGGACCCAAAGCUUAUAUAGCCACCCAGGGACCUUUGUCUACAACUCUCCUGGACUUCUGGAGGAUGAUUUGGGAAUACAGUGUCCUGAUCAUUGUUAUGGCGUGCAUGGAGUUUGAGAUGGGGAAGAAAAAGUGUGAGCGCUACUGGACUGAGCCAGGAGAGCUACAACUGCAAGUUGGUCCUUUCUCCAUAUCCUGUGAAGCUGAAAAUAGAAAAUCUGAUUACAUAAUCAGGACUCUAAAAGCCAAGUUCAAUAGUGAAACUCGAACUCUCUACCAGUUUCAUUACAGGAAUUGGCCAGACCAUGAUGUGCCUUCAUCCAUAGACCCUAUUCUUGAGCUCAUCUGGGAUAUGCGUUCUUACCAAGAGGAUGACCAUGUUCCCGUGUGCAUUCAUUGCAGUGCCGGUUGUGGGAGGACUGGUGUUAUCUGCGCUAUCGAUUAUACCUGGAUGUUGCUAAAAGACGGGAUCAUUCCUGAGAACUUCAGUGUUUUUAGUUUGAUCCAGGAAAUGCGAACACAAAGGCCUUCAUUUGUUCAAACUCAGGAACAGUAUGAGCUGGUCUACAAGGCUGUAUUAGAACUAUUUAAGAGACAGAUGGAUGUCAUCAGGGGUAAAAAGUCAGGAACAGAGAUUCAAGCCAAGUAUUCAGUUCUUGAGCAAAAUCCCACCCUAGAAGCAGAGUCUUAUUCUAAUUUACCAAAAAGUGGCAUAAAAGAAGCAAAAAUGGUGAAGCAACAGAAUAAACAAAGGAUAAGGCUGAAAAGUGCAGACGCUUCUUCCUUUGGCCUCAGGACUCCUGAAAUAAAUGAAAAGGAAGGUUUAGUUUUACACCCUGCUGAACAGAGCAGUUCUUUUGACAUUUUGGAGCUAAAUUGUGGUUGUAACAAAAAUGCUGACACAACCGUGAAAUGGGAGCCAAAGGCAUUUCCAAUAGUUGGGGAGCCUCUUCAGAAACAUCAGAGUCUAGACUGGAGCCCCGUUUUGUUUAAUUCCAAACCUGCAAAUGUAGCAGGGGGAUAUUUCAACUCAAAGGGGCCGAUAACGCGGACCAAAUCAACUUCCUUUGAACUGAUGCAGCAAAGAGACACCAAGGAGCUGGAUAUCAAGGAGAAUGUUUUGUGUUUGGAACCUCAACCGCACAGUUCUCCUCUUGGGCGGGCUCAAAAAGCGAUGCACGUUUCUUCAGCAGAACUGAAUUAUUCACUGCCAUCUGACUCUCGGCGCCAAACGGGCAAUGCCUCUAAUGCAAAGCAGCAGGACUCUAGUGCUGUUAAGGUGCAUUCUUACAUGUCCUUGGAAGAUCCUUUUUUUUCAUCGUUGUCGCCAAGUAGCACUGGUUCUAAGAUGUCUCUUGAUUUACCUGAGAGGCCAGAUGGAACCGCUUUACCUCGUUCUUCACUGCCCGCGUCCUCCACAACCCUCUUCUCUUGCUACAAUUCACAAGAUUCUUUAGCACUGAGUUCUCCAACUGGUCACCCUCCACCCCUGGACCAAGAGAGAGCAGUAGUCGCAACUUCUCCAAGGAUAGAUGAUGACAUUCCCCCUCCACUUCCGGAACGGACACCUGAAUCUUUUAUUGUGGUGGAGGAAGCCGGAGAAUUUCCACGGACUGUUCCCAAAUCCUUAUCUUCAGCUGUGAAGGUAAUAAUUGGAACAUCAUUAGAAUGCAGUGGAACAUCUGAGUCAAAGAAAUCUGGUGACUCUGUGAGACUUAGACCAACUAAGAGUGUAAAACUGCGGAGUUCCCAGUCAGAUCUACAUCAAGAUCGAUCUUCUCCUCCCCCACCUCCACUCCCUGAAAGAACCCUGGAGUCCUUCCUUCUUGCUGACGAAGAUUGUAUGCAGGCUCAGUCUAUACGGACCUAUUCUACUAGCUGUCCUAACACCAUGGAAAAUUCAACAUCUUCAAAGCAGACAUUGAAGACUCCUGGAAAAAGUUUCACAAGGACUAAGAGCUUGAAAAUUUUGAGAAACAUGAAAAAGAGUGUCUCUAAUUCUUCUCCAGCAAACAAGCCUGCAGACUCUGUUCAGUCAAAUCGCUCCAGCUCCCUUCUGAAUUUUGGGUUUGCAAAUCGUUUUUCAAAACCCAAAGGACCAAGGAAACCACCAGCGACUUGGAAUAUUUAACACAACUUUGGAAUAUAGCUGCAAGUGCAUCUGGAAAUAAAACUACUGGAAUACUGCUAGCUAAAAUAAGUGUUCCAUAUUUAUAAUUUCAACAAUGAAGACCCUGUAAUGUUUAAUAGCAAUAUUAGAAAAGCCAUAUUCAAAGAAGUGCCAGAAGUUUUACAGUUUCAUCUCAUUUGCAUUGGGUUGGAAACUGGAAAUAAGUUUGUCACUUGGGAUUAUGUAGAGAAUGCUGGAUGAGAAAGUUUUAGAAUGGACUUAUUUUUCAUUUUGGAAGUUAUUUUUAUUCUACUUAAGCAGAAACUUCAAAAUAUUUGUAAGAAUUGGAUCUCAACUGAAUGUCUGCAUUGCCAGAUUUUACAAUAGCAAGUGUUUCACAAAAUCUGACUUGUGGUUGUGGCACAAAAUGAUACAAAAUGACUGCUUGUGACAAUGACUAUUCCCUGGGAGUUAUUUUUGCCUAAAUGGAGUAUACCUUGCACAUCUUCCCAAAGGUGGAAAACCAGAGUAGUAAGAAAAGGAAACGUUAUAAUUAAGAGAAUAAAUAAUAAUGAAAAUAAUUUCAUAUCAUAUUUCAAUAAUGAAAAUAAUAAAAGAAUAAUGAAAAU